AUGACAGCACGUUGCCAAGGAGACGAACGCAACAGCAUGGCGGAGGAGCGCGCUGGUUCCAGCGAGGGCGACCUGGAGUGGUUGAGUAGCGAAUUGGAGCAGGAGAAGGAGAUGAGAGAUAUGCUUGAUCAAUCUGUUUCUGAGCUACGAAACACAGUAUCUCAACUGGAAAAACGAAUAGACAACAUUGAAGAUGAAGGAAAUGAAUGGAAAACCAGGUAUGAAACCCAACAGGAGCUUAAUCUACAACUAGCGAGGCAAAUCAGAACUUUAGAACAGAAAGUGGUGUUUACUCGUGGUAAUCCUGCAAACAGAUUGUCUUCUGUCCGUUCAUUUGAAGAGAUGUCAAUGGGUGCACUUCAACAAAUGAUAAAGCAACUGGACAAAGAAAAGAAAAGUCUUCUAAACCAGCUUAAAAAUUAUGAGUGGAGAAUAGAACAAGAAGCAAAGGCUUACCAUAAAGCCAAUGAUGAUCGUCACACUUACCUGACAGAAAUUGAACACACAUGCUUAUCAAUUGCAGCAGCAAAGAAACAGAAGGCAGUGGGGUCAAGGGAAAUGAACGUUUUGAUAGGAAAGUGCAAUGUACCAACCACAAAAAGGAUUUUAGAUCUCAAGAAAGGACCAAUUAAAAAGACUGCAGCAAUGAAGCAGCUUCCAAAAUUAAAACAUUGACGCUAGAAUACUGUUAUGGAACAGACAUGGUGUUUUGUGUGUCAGAGAAAGCUGUAUUUACAGUACUUGCAGCUCAUUUAGAGCAAUUGUUUAAUUGUUGCUGGGCCUAAGUUAUAUUUAGAUUUGGUUACCCUGGUGGUAAUUAUUUGUAGAUGUGAAAUAGGCAAUGUAUUUUUGUAAUAAUUGCAUUCCCACUUGAGUUUGUUUAAUUGCUGGUAAAAUCUCUGCUUUCAAUUAUUUCUUUGAAUGCCUGGUAGAAUUUUAGUUGAAUAACAGAUUUGGUGGUACUUUACCCCUCAGUGUGAUAAUCAUGGCUUCUACUUCUUUGCACUGCAGGGAUUAGCACACUUUAGUUUUUACUCUUUUUCAGACUUGGCAUCCUUCAUUUCAGACCUUACAUUCACUCCUGGGGAUAAUCAGACUACUGUAAAGAGUUAUCACUCUUUUUCACUCUGGCUUCAAAGUGACCUGAUUUUAUAACUCUACAGUUGCUUCUGUUAUUCUCUCACUCUCUCCUGUGCAUUAAAGAAACACAUAGAAAAUGCUGGAGGAACUCAGCAGGUGAGGCAGCAUCUAUGGAAAGGAAUAAGUGGUCAAUAUUUCGAGCUGGGACCCUUCAUCAGGACUGGAAAGGAAGGGGGAAGAAGCCAGAAUAAGUUGGGGGAGGGGAAGAGGUACAAGCUCAUAGAUGAUAGGUGAAGCCAGGAAGGUGGGGGAAGGGAAUGAAGUAAGAAGCAGGGAGGUGAUCGGUGGUAAAGGUAAAGACUUGGAAAAGAAGGAAUCUGAUAGGAGAGGAGAGUGGACCAUGCGAGAAAGGAGGAGGAGGGGUACUGGGGGAAGUGAUAGGCAGGUAAGAAGAGAACAGAUAAAGGGGAGCCAGAGUGGGGAAAGGAGGAAAAUACCGGAAGUUGGAAACAUCGAUGUUUAUGCCACCAGGUUGGAGGCGCCCCAGAUGGAAUAUGAGGUGUUACUCCUCCUAUAUGAGAAUGGCCUCCUUGUGAUAGAAGAGGAGGCCAUGGACUACCAAGACGUGACUUAUUAAGUUCCUUCAACAUUUUGUAUGGGAAACUCUGGAUCUGCAGAAUCUCGUGAUGAUGAUUUGCAUUAAAGUAUGCUCUUUCUGUAUGAAGCAUUUUUACCAUCCUUUCUUUCCUUUUAAAGUUACUGGUUUCACAAUAUGGAACAACCAUUCAGUUAAUAAGCCAUUUCUAGCUCUGCAGGGAUGUUCAAAGGUACAAUUUAAUGUCAGAGAAAUGUAUACAAUAUACAUCCUAAAAUGCUUUUUCUUCACAAACAUCCACGAAAACAGAGGAGUGCCCCAAAGAAUGAAUGAUGCUAAAUGUUAGAAUCCCAGUACCUUAAAGUGUUAAAAUUGUUUAUUGUUCUUGCUUAAGUAAUCAAUGCAUGUUUGAAUUAUGUAUUUAACAUACUGUAUUUACACUAUGUGAACAUAGCAAAAUAUCUCAAGACACUUCACAGUUGAAAAGGGAUCCAUGGCAAACUACCAUUCCAGAAGAGUGAAUAAAAUUAAGGAGCCUUGUUUUCAGAAGGUUUUUAAAAGAUGGGAAUUUGUGAACAAUGAAUUGCUUUAAAGGCACUGUUUCAAUGUGUGAAUCGCCAUGCACCAUAAAGCAAAAAGAGAUAAAUGAAAAUGUGUAGCCUAUUAGAGUUUCAAUAAAAGAAAGAAGAACUUGUGAAAUGCAAUAAGUAAUAAGAAAUCAAAAUUUGGAGGUCAUUAACAGAAAAUAUAUGAAGUACUCAAACAUAUCAAGAUGGAAAUCUAUAACUGGAGAUAUUCCACAGGGAUCCAUACUGGGACCUCUGCUGUUUUAAUAUAUGUAAGUGAAUUUGAUGAAAAAUGGAGAUGGGUUUGUUAGUAAGAUUGCAGAUAAUAUACAGAUUGAAUAGUGUAGAAAGGAUGCAGUGAGUUAUAGAAAAUAUGGGCAAAAAAACAGUACAUGGAGUUUAACCCAGUCUAUAUGAGGAGUUGCAGUUUGGGAGUUCAAGUGUAAAGAGACAGUACACUGUUAAUGACAAGAUCCUUAACACUGUUAAUGUACAGCGGGAUCUUGGGGUCUAAAUCCGUAGCUCCCUGUAAGCAGCUUCACAGUAUGAUAGAUACUUUAUUCAUCCCCAAGGGGAAAUUCAACAUUUUUCCAGUGUCCCAUACACUUAUUGUAGCAAAACUAAUUACAUACAGUAUCUUAACUCAGUAUAAAUAUGAUAUGCAUCUAAAAUCACCCACCCAAAAAGCAUUAAUAAAUAGCUUUUAAAAAGUUCUUAAAUAGUUUACUAAAGUGCAUUGAGUGGUAACUUAAGCUCAGUCCUAACCCCGGCACUUUAACAUGUCUUGCCCCUGGUGGUUGAAUUGUAGAGCCGAAUGGCGUUGGGGAGUAAUGAUCUCUUCAUCCUGUCUGAGGAGCAUUGCAUUGACAGCAACCUGCCGCUGAAGCUGCUUCUCUGUCUCUGGAUGGUGCUGUGCAGAAGAUGUUCAGGGUUUUCCAUGAAUGACCGUACUCAGCGCCCUCUGCUCUGCCACCGAUGUCAUACUCUCCAGUUCUGUGUCCACGACAGAGCCCGCCUUCCUUACCAGCUUAUUAAGACGUGAGGUGUCCCUCUUCUUAAUGCUGCCUCCCCAGCACGCCACCACAAAGAAGAGGGCGCUCUCCACAACUGACCGAUAGAACAUCUUCAGCAUCUCACUACAAACAUUGAAUGACGCCAGCCUUCUGAGGAAGUACAGUCGACUCUGUGCUUUCCUGCACAGGGCAUCUGUGUUGGCAGUCCAGUCUAGCUUCUCGUCUAACUGCAGGGUUCCAUAGGCGGCAUAUGGCAUGCUUGCCUUUGUUAUUCAAGGAAUUUUCUUCAAUAAUUGGAAAGCUAUUUUACAGCAUCAUAAAAUUUUGUUUAGUUCACGUCUGGAGUAUUGCAGCCCCAUUAAAGGAAGGAUGUUGAGGCUUUGGAGCAGGUGCAGACCAGGAUGUUGUCUGGAUUUGAAGGCAUACAAGGAGAAGUUGGACAAACUUGGGUUGUUUUUCUGGAGAACCAGGGGCUGAGAGCAGAUCCGACAGAGGUUUCUAAGAUUACGAGAAGCAUAUCUAGUGCAGGCAGCAAGCAUCUUCUCCCACAGAGCUGAAAUAUCUAAUACCAGAAGUCAUCCAUUUCAGAUGAGGGGGUUAAAUUCAAAGGAGAAGUACAAGACAAGAUUGAUCACUGCUUGGACUAUGCUGCCUGGGAUGAUGGUAGAGGCAAACAAAAUAGAGGCAUUAAAGAGGUUUCUAGAUAAACACAUUAACGUGCAGGAAAUGGAUGAAUAUGAUCAUUUUGUAGGCAGAGGGAGUAGUUCAGUUUGGCUAAAUGUAAUUACUAACUCAAUUAGUUCAGCCAAAUUUGUGGGCCAAAGAGCCUGUUUCUGUGCUGUUCCAUGUUCUAUCAGGUAGCUUCUGUGGUGAAGGAAAAAGCAUUUUAGGUUGAUGGAUCUUCCAUCAAAAGAGAUUUCAAUAUGCAAGUUUUGUAGAGAUUUUGGCAUCCAAGGAGGUAAUUGUCUAGGAUCAUUAAACAGGAAGGAUUUGGAAGCUAGCCAGAUACUAGACAUCAGUAUUAUUUGAUAUCACUUUCAGUUUAUUGAUCUCUUGAAUAGGAAACAACAAAUUGUUAAUCUUCUUUAGUUAUGAAACCAUAUAGUAGUAGUCUCUCGAAGUCUGAGGAAGACUAAUGUGUUGCGCAGUCAACAUCUGUGGGCACACUUAUGACUUCUGAGGCUGAAGUCCAAAGCACAGAUACAGUCACAGAUGGGGCAAGGAGCACUGCCUGUUGGGGCAGGAGUGGACGCCUUCCUGUGACUUUCUUGACUCGCCUUGAGGCGCUGCAUGUGCCAAUUGGUUUGGAAGUUGUUUGCGCCACUUGGACCGAUCAGCAGCAGUGUGUUCGAGAUCUCAGGGCUGGAGUUUGGCCCACUUAAGGUUUGACUUGAGGUUGUCCUUGUACCUCUUCCUUGGUCGACCUUGGGCACGGUUGCCCUGCUCCAGUUCUCCGUAGAACAACUGACGCAGCAUUCUGGACUCAUCCAUGCGGAUCAAAUGGCCGGUCCAACUGAACUGAGUCUUCAAAGCCUUGGCUUCAAUGCUUGUGGAAUUGGCUCGGUCCAGGACUGUCAGGUUGGAGAUAUGGUCUUGCCAGUGGAUUCGCAUGAUUGAUCGCAGAGCGCGAUUGUGGAAUUGUUCAAACUGUUUGUCAUGUCUGUGAUACAGUGUCCAGGUUUCACAGCCAUAUAGAAGUGAUGGAACCACAACAACAUUGUAAACCUUCAGUUUAGUGGAGAGGUGAAUGUCUUUGUGCUGCAGAACUUUGACCCGGAGCCUUCAGAGUGCCUGGCUUGCUUUCUGGAUCCUUGACAUGAUUUCUUUAUCAAGGGCACCGUCACUGGAGAUGGUACUCCCCAGGUUUUUGAAGUUGUCAACGUUCCGUAGUUGUGUGUCAUCGAUGGUGAUGCAUGGCUGUGGUGGGGCGCUGUUAGGUGCCGGCUGCAGGAGGACCUCUAUUUUACCGAGGCUGAUUGCCGAACAAUUUAGAUGCGGGGGAGAAUCUGCUGACCAUUGUUUGUAGGUGGUCCUCUUGGUGCGCCAUGAGUGUGCAGUCAUCUGCAAAGAGCGCUUCUAUGAACAGCUUUUGGAGGGUCUUUGUGUGUGCUGCAAGGUGAUAUAGGUCAAAGAGUGACCCGUCCAGGUGGUAUUUGAUAUAAAUGCCCAGGUUUAGGUCUUUGACGGCAUGCAUCAAUAUUUGAGUGAAGAAAAGGUUGAAAAGUACUGGUGCAAGCACACAGCCCUGUUUAACGCCGUUGGAGAUGUCAAAUUUCUCGCUAGAUUCGUCAGCUGACAGAAUCUCUCCAGUCAUGUUGUCAUGGAAGAGGCGUAUGAGGUUGAUGAACUUUGGAGGGCAGCCAAGUUUCCUGAGGAUGAUCCACAAGUCUUCUCUGUUGACAGUAUCAAACGCUUUAGUUAGAUCAAUGAAGACAAAGUACAAGUUCAUGUUCUGCUCCAGGCAUUUCUCCUGCAUUUGUCUAACAGUGAAGAUCAUAUCCACAUUACUGCAUUUAGGCCGAAAGCCACAUUGCGAUUCUGGGAGGUUUCCUUCAGAUACUGUUGAAAUAAGUCCAUUGAGGAUGAUCAAGCCAGGAUUUUGCAGGCGAUGGAAAGUAGGGAGAUGCCCCAGUAGUUCCCACAGUCUGUGCGUGGGCCUUUGUUUUUGUAUAGGACGACUAUUGCAGCAUCCCAAAGGUCAGGUGACAUUACUUCCUCUUCCCAGAUACUGACCAGGACGUCCUGGAAUGCUGCAAGUGACUCCUGGGUGAGGGCUUUGAACAGUUCUGCGGGAAUGCCAUCCUUGCCUGGUGCUUUACCACAGCUCAUCUGAUGGCUGUGCUGAUCUCUGUCAGGGAAGAGGAGUUUGUUGAGGUGCUCAUGGACUGGGCUCUGGGGAAUCUGGUCGAGUACUGACUGGUCAACAGUGGAGGGGCGGUUCAGGAGCUGACUGAAGUGUUCCUUCCAUUUGGUGUUGAUGCCCUUUUUGUCCUUGAUAAGCGAGGAUCCAUCUGCAGAAAGCAGAGGAGCUAUGCUUGACUCUGAGGGACCAAAGACAGACUUGAUGGCAUUGAAGAACUGCUUGGUGUUGUUUGUGUCAGCAUAGUGCUGAACCUCAUCCACCUUCUUAUUCCACCAUGUGUCACGCAUUAUACGGAUUUCCCUUUGAGUGAGUGCCUGAUAGAACUUGAAUCUGUCCUUUUUGCAGGUGGAGUUCGGGUCAUCCUGCCAUUCUUUGAAUGCCUUGUGAGUAGGCAAUCGAUGAUGGUGCUAUUCUCAUUGAACCAAUCUUGGUGGAUGCGCUUUCUGCGGCCUAGGGUUGAUUUUGCCGUUUCAGUUAUAGCAUUUUUGAAGUGGCUCCAUUUCUGGAUUAGGUUACCUGUGAGUGGCUGGUUUGUUGAUAGCUUCUGUUUAAGAGCAUUUUGAAAUUCGCGUAGACACGGAGGGUGCUGAAGUUUGGAGGUGUUAAAGGAUGGCCGUACUGCCUUUGGACGCUUUUUGUGAGAUUGAACGAUGUGUAGCUUGAGGGUGGUAUGGAGGAGUCUGUGGUCCGUCCAACACUCUACUCCUCGCAUGGCUCGUGUGAUGACUACGUCUCAGAUGUCACGUUGACGGACAAUGACAUAAUCGAUCAGAUGCCAUUGUUUGGAUCUAGGGUGCAUCCUUGCUGUCUUGAAUUUGUUGGCCAUUCUGAACACCGUGUUCGUGAUAGUGAGGUCACACUCUUCACAUUUGCUGAGAAGCAGAAGGCCAUUGCUGUUCAUCUUCCCGACUCGUGUCUGCCAAGCACUCCACUCCACUGGUCAUGGUCUUGGCCGACUCGGGCUUUAAAAUCUCCCAGCAAGAUCAGCUUAUCACUGGCUAUAAGAGAAACCAUGAAACCAUGAGAGAUCUAUAUCUCCAGCAUUAACUUUUGGCAGCAGGGUCAUAUUGGGGUUGGGAAUUUUAAGUAAUAUAAAGAUAUUAUUAUAUUUUAUUCUAAGGAGUUUAAAAUCAAAUUACAUGCAUGAUGAGAAUGUUAUUUACAGGCAGUCAGAGCAUUUCUGCAGGAUAGAACUUGGCACUUAUUACAUCUAUUUGAUACAUUUAAGCUCAAUUAGCAAGAUAUUCCAGAGCAUAAAUUGCAUGCAAUAUUAAGCUCAUUUAAAUGCAAGGUGGUCGAUGUGGUUGCCUUAAACUGCAUAGCUGGAGAAAAUGGAUCAUGUUGUUAGAAACUGUUUUAUGAACAAUUUAAUUAAACAGUCACUAGAUUUGCAAAUCUGAGGGUACGGCACAAGUCACUAUUUUUUGGUUCCUGCUAAACUGGAUAGGUUGAGACCUUUGCAGGAAACUGGGGGAAUUGGACGAACAUUCUACUUAUGGAUAGUCUACCAAUUUCAGAGAGAAACAAGCCAUUGACAAGAAGAGUGUUACAUAAUGUAUUAGAAGGAAUACUUAACAAACUCAUUGCUCAAAAACAGUGACUCUCUGUGCUCAUCUUGAGACCUUUGGAUCUUUAACUGUCUUACAUUACAACACUAUACGAUUGAAGUUGUCACAUCCGGUGACAGGCUCUCCUUUCAUCGCAGAAAGACUGGCCAAUUGCAACAGUGGCUAACUAGUUCUUUUGCAUAGAUGUCCAUCUGUCUGGAUUUGACCUUUUGUGUAAUUAGCGGUAGGGUUGCUGGCAUUGUUUUUAAGAAAUAGUGAACACAUUGGCAGCGAUUGUUUAGCCGCAGGAGAAAGAAUUGCAGCAAUUCCUGGAAGUUUCCAUUGUAAUGAUUGUGCCGAGGCAAGAUUCAAUUGCUUUUUGUUUAGGUCAAUGGUCAGAGUGUUGAUCUCAGGAUCCCAGUCAUUGUCUGUUAGGGAGAUCUGAGACAAACACUGUCCUUAAAAUAUUCAGCUCAUUGCAGGAAAGGCCUCCCUUUAGCAGUAUAAAAGUACACAGGAUAACAUACUUUGCACUGUCCCAUAGGGUGCCAUAUCCCCAGCACAGCAUUACAAACUCAAACUCUUCCCAUAUUAUUUAAGUAAUGAUGCACUGAGCCGUUGUACUAACAUUCUAUUUGCGCUCUUGUCCUUGGGAAUGCACCCUGAGAACCAAGUUAAGUAUCCAAUAGCAGCUGAGAUUAGAAGCAAAACAGUUCUGGCUUAUCUUACUGCUCAUUCCUCAACUAUCAGUGACAAAAUUCUCUGGUUUUUCAAUACAAACACACAAAACAAAUGCCAUUUAAAAACUGAUCACUCUUAAAUACGGUGUAGUGUCUAACAGCCACAUAAGUGCACAUGACUGACGCUAGUUAGAAUCUGUUUGGGAAAACAGUUUCCUGGCCUCAUUUAAAUGGAGGGAGUUUCUGCCUGGCAAUUUUCUCAAUUAGUUUUUGUUCUUUAAGAGUUGUCCCAAAUAAGUGGCUGUCCCAAUUAACUGGAAUCUUAAUUCAAAUUAAAUUUUAAUGAUCAAGUCUCUAUUAGGGAAUGUGUAUUAGCUUGCUUUGAAGAUUGAUGGAACAUCUGCUGUGCUGAGGUUGGAGUGGAGGGGAACACAUGGAGGGGAGUAUUCUACUCCCACAGCAAGGAGUUUUAUUUCUAUUGACCUAAAGUAUUGAGUAGAGGAGUUAGAGUGUUCUGUUGAAUUUGUACAAGACACUGGUGAGACCUAAUUUGGAGUAUUGUGUGGAGUUCUGGUCACCUCCCUACAGGAAAGAUUUCAAUAGGAUUGAAUGAGAGCAAAAAAAAUUUACAAGGAUGUUGUUAGGACUUAAGGACCCAAACUAUAGUGAAAGGUUGAGUAAAGUUAGGACUUUAUUCCCUGGAGCAUGGGAGAAUGAGGGUAGAUUUGAUGGAGGUAUACAAAAUUAUGAGGAAUAUGGAUAGGGUAAAUGCAAGCAGGCCUUUUCCAUUGAGGUUGGGUGAGACUAGAACUACAGAUCAAGGCUUAAGGGUGAAAGGUGAACUAUUUAAGGGAACAUGAGGGGUUACUUCUUCAAUCAGAGGGUGGUGAGCGUGGAACAAGCUGCCAGCAGAAGUGGUGGAUUCAGGUUCACUUUCACUGUUUAAGAGAAGCUAUGGGAGUAGCUGGUGGAGGGUCUUAUGAGCAACCUGUGCAUAUCAUAAGCACUGGUUAUGCGAUCACUGACAUUAGGCAAACAAUCUCUGAAGAGUAUUGAUAACGGCUGGGAUCACCCAUCUUGUAAAGACACUGCCCAGAAGGCAGCAGCGGCAAACCACAUUUGUAGAAGAAAUUUUCCAAGAACAAUCACGGUGAUGGAAAGACCACGAUCACCCAGAUCAUACAACACGGCACAUACGAAUGUACGGACAUGGAUCUGAGGAGUAUGGAGGCCUGUGAUCUGGGUGCAAAUCAAUGAAACUAGGCAGAUUAAUAGUUUAGUACAGACUAGAUAAGCCAAAGGGCCUGUUUCUAUGCUAUAGACUAUGACCCAAGACAAAUGACUAAACAUUGAACAUGAUCACAAGAACUUUGAUGUUUGCUUUGAAUGAAACUAGUUAAACUGAACUCAGUAAUGUCUAGUGCAAAGUAAAGUACUCACCAGCUCUCUCACCACUGAAGCCCAUUGUAUUCACUGCUGGAGAAAAGACUCUGUGGACUUAACAAGAUGUUUUAUAAUCUAUAGUUACUCUUGGUUCUCCAGAUCAUUUUAUAACCAACUUGCAGCUCUGAUUUUACAACAUUAACUAGUGUAAAGGCCUAUAUUGUAUUAUUCUAUGACUUUACGACCGAACUCAAAUAAACUUAAAUCUGAAUUGUACACUUGGCUUUUCAUUUAGAUUGUAUGAAAUAGGCAUAAGAAAUGUUUAUCUUUCAGA